GGUAAAGAGGAAAUUAAACAUUAAUGGUUGCUCUUCAUCAGGCUGUGGUGCUCUGUUAGCUGUGUGUAACGCCUACAACGAUUUGACAAUACCGCUUGUAUUUUCUGAGGAAGGGAGGACCCACUCACUGCUAACAUGUCGAGCAAAAGGGCCAAAGGCAAGAACACCAAGAAGCGUCCUCAGCGGGCUACGUCCAAUGUGUUUGCUAUGUUUGACCAGUCUCAAAUUCAGGAGUUCAAGGAGGCCUUCAACAUGAUCGACCAAAACAGGGAUGGUUUUAUUGACAAAGAAGACCUUCAUGACAUGCUGGCCUCAUUAGGUAAGAAUCCCACAGAUGAUUAUUUGGAGACGAUGAUGAGCGAAGCGCCAGGCCCAGUCAACUUUACUAUGUUUCUGACCAUGUUCGGAGAGAAGCUGAACGGCACGGAUCCUGAGGAUGUGAUUCGUAACGCUUUUGCCUGCUUUGACGAGGAGGGCACAGGUAUAAUCCAGGAGGAGUACUUGCGGGAGCUGCUCACUACGAUGGGCGACAGGUUUACAGAUGAAGAAGUGGACGAGCUCUUCCGAGAGGCGCCCAUUGACAAGAAAGGCAACUUCAACUAUGUAGCAUUCACACGCAUUCUAAAGCAUGGCGCAAAGGACAAAGAUGACUAGGGACAGGAGCAACUCUCAAGGUUUACUGUGUACCGACCAUGUGUAUCAUCAGUUAGAACAGCUAUAUCCUGUUAUUUGGCUCAUGGCAAGCUUCACCGUGGUAUAGCUCACUGAAGGUAAUUUGUUUAAGCUGCUUGUGGGACCAUACUGUACCUCUGGACCCCCGACCCUCUAAAUCAUCACAUCUCAAAGCUCAUUUGCACAUCUGUGAAAACACUACAGGGUCCGUAUAAGCUAGUUAAGAUGUAUGAAAAGACCCACAUGAAGCUGGAAAUAAAAAGGAAACAAGGAGGUUGUUGUCAUAACCAUUUUAUUUUUACUGAAUUAUUUGUAUUUUGUUGGAAAUUGAAGUUAAGAUUAAAUUGUGGUCUGAGCUGAAUAAACAAUGCUC